AUGGCAGCAAUUACACCUACAGGCCCUCUGAGCUUUGCGCAGGUUAUGGAGCUGGAAAAGGUAUCAUCGGAAGGUGAGGUUUACAUGAGUAAAUAUCCGGCAAUAUCCUUUGACUACCAGCCUGGAAAGCCAUUAAGCGCACAACGAUCCUACGGAGGACAUGUCUUCGCACAAUCAAUAUGGGCCGCAAGCUUGCCAUUCAAAGAUUCCGGUCUCCAAGUCCAUGAGGCAAAUGGCUAUUGGACUCAAGGGGGGCAUGGAAACCGUCCAUUCCUUUAUACUGUCACGACACUGUCGGAAACCCGAUCAUUCGUUUUACGACAGGUCACGGCCCGCCAACCGACUACGCUGUCCGAUGACUGCCCGUUUCCUACGACCGACGCAUCAAAACCAUUCGGACCGGUGGCGUUUGCGCUGACUUGCUCCUUGAAGCGAAGGGAAGAUGGCCCGGCGUACGGAGUAAGCAUCGAUGCAGAAAGGUAUGGCGAUGUGCUCCGUAGAGAUCCCACCACGCACGCAUCCGAUUUCUACCUGCCCGGACUGAACCGGGUCGGAAAGGCGAGACUAGUGGAUUUUCCAGGGAUUGAUAUCCGAACCCCGGAUUUGACGGACUAUAACAGCCACCACACAGGCACAGGACACCGGCGGUUGCAUGUGUAUCGAGCUUUGAGUGCUAUGGAUGUGGACUCCGAUAUGUCUGCGGCGGCACAUGCAUUCGUUUCGGAUCGUGCGGGUCUGAGUGUGCUGACGAAUGCCUUCGGUGCAAACCACCUGGGGGUCGCCGGUAGUCUCAACCACAAAAUAGUUUUCCAUGUCAAUCCAGAUGACCUAAAGCUUGAUGAUACUACCUGGUUCAUUCAAGAAAUGUCUAGCCCCCGGGGUGGAGAGGGCCGCGGAGCCAUCGAGAGUCGGAUUUGGGGUCCUUCCGGGAUAUUGGUGGCAUCGACAAUGCAGGACGCAAUGUAUCGAACCCCCCUUCCAUCUAAACUGUCGUAG